GAUAUGAGAAGUCAAGUUGAAGGCGUGUGAAUAGCGAUGUGAUAAAAGCGCGCGGGGAUAGCGCGCGCCGCCAGUACCGAGCUCACCUGUACGCCGUGCGCAGGCGCUGUUUCGCGCCGCGAUCCGAACGCCAUACUUUGGCACGCACACGCAACCUCGCGCCCCCACCCAUACACACGUUAAUCUGGACAGGACAUCAGCUGUCCGCUACUGACAUAUUGUGAAUGUGCACUUGGACAGCCCGCCCUGGAGAACUUACUUCCGAAAUAGGAGCUCGCCGGUCUGGCAGAUCGAUCACUCAGAUAAGCUAAGCGAAGAAAAAUAAAGUUGCCUCGAAGCAUUCUAGUUUAAGAAAUCGACACAAUGGCGCUAAUACUACAGUAUAUUAGCGAUAUGCAAUAUUAUAUGGACAAAUUUGGUGAUCCUAGGACAAAUCCAUGGUUCCUGAUGAGUUCACCGUUUCCUACAUUAUUAAUAUGUCUAAGCUAUGUCUAUCUAGUCAAGGUCCUAGGACCACGAUUUAUGGAGAAUAGAAAACCAUAUGAACUUAAAAAUGUUCUAAUACUAUAUAACUUUUUACAAGUAAUAUUCAGUGCGUGGCUGUUUUAUGAGAUCGGAGCCGCAGGCUGGUUCACAGGCAGGUAUAACUUUCAAUGUCAGCCGGUCGACCACUCCAAACAUCCACAAACAAUGAGGAUGGUUCACGCAUGCUGGUGGUACUAUUUUUCAAAGUUCACAGAAUUCUUUGAUACGAUCUUCUUCGUGCUGAGAAAGAAGUUUGAUCAUGUAUCAACAUUACACGUAAUCCACCAUGGCGUGAUGCCGAUGUCUGUGUGGUUCGGCGUCAAGUUCACGCCCGGCGGUCAUUCGACAUUCUUCGGCUUGCUCAACACCUUCGUACAUAUUAUUAUGUACUCGUACUAUAUGCUCGCAGCUAUGGGCCCACACAUGAGGAAGUACCUGUGGUGGAAGAAGUACCUUACUACUUUACAGAUGGUCCAGUUCGUGGGUAUCAUGGUGCACGCCUUCCAACUGCUGUUCAUCGACUGCGACUACCCGCGAGCGUUCGUCUGGUGGAUCGGCAUGCACGCCGUCAUGUUCUUCUUCCUUUUCAAAGACUUCUACAACCAGUCCUACUCUAAGCCUAAGGUUCGCGCCAGGUCUCCCCAACCAGAGACGACAGAAAUAAAAGACAUCACGUUCAAAAACGGUUCGUUGAAGAACGGCUUCAGCAACGGGCACACGAACGGCACGUUCGCACGUGCGCGCACCGUGCUGCCGGCCGGCAACUGACGGCGGACCAGGAGACCUCCUUAGCAUUCCGUAGUACUGUGAUUAUAGCCUGGAAUUAUCACGGGACGUUAAUACUUCUUAUUUAAUGCGUGGACCUUCGGGGUAACGGUGUCGGAUCAUGUGCCGCAUGCAGCCUCGUCAAUAAUAACCCUAGGAGUAGUGGUACAUGUGAUUUGUCUAGUGUACAUACAGUUAGGCGGUAUCAAUGGUGUAAAUUUUAUUUUAUUGAUGUAAAUGUAUAGCUAGAUUUGUGAUCACAUAGCGUUUUAUACUUUUAUUAUUAGAAUUAGAUAAUAUGUUGCUUUUAGAGUUUAGAAAACCUCUAAAAGAAUACAGUCAUAAUACCUACUUACAGAAACAUGUAUGUUAUACAUGGUGCUUAUUUAAUUAAAUAUAUUAAUUACGAUGAUGAGCUUGUAAACGAUAAAAUAAUCUUUUCACUAUAUUGUUUAAACAUCACAUUUGAAUGUUGAGAACUUGAGAAUCAGACAUCAGAUUAGCUAUGUUUUAUUAUGGCAUGACAGCAGAAUCAUUAUUCAUUACUUACUCAUAAAUUACUUUAUUUGUCCAUGUGUGUAUGUCACUCGCAAAACAAUGCAAUAAAUAACAACAAGGUAGCUCAGGUUGUAGUGCUAUUAAAAUAUUGUUGAAUCACUGUUUAGUUUUAAGUAUUGAUCAGUAUUUUUACAAGCUCAUGAUUAUUAUCAAGACCAUUGUUCACUAUGUUAGAUCAAAAAUAGGUUUUAUACAGUUGGUUGGGCAAAUGCCACAAUAAUUAUUCUGAUGAUUAAAUCAAUUUCAAUUCAAAAGCUGUUUGCCUUUUUAUAUAUUUAUCAAACAUUUAAAGGUAUUCAUUAUUUCAAUGACAACUUUUAUUGUUGUAAAUUGACGUGAUUAUGUUUCUAUGUUAAGUACAACAACUGUAUUUUAAUUUCAACCGAAUGUUCAAUUUAGGUUUAGAAUACUUGACACUAAAGUGGUUGUGUUGGUUAUUUAUUUUGUUUAAUUUAUCUUUUAUUUAUAACAAAAUUAUGUAUAUAAGAUCAAAUCGAUAACGGGUUUAAUAGCAGUAGCUUUCAAACUUCCUUUUUAGUCUUCCGUUUUGUUUUGUACUUACCAAAAUUAAAGGUGCUUUUUGUACUCCGAAUAUUCUGCUUAUGUUAGCAGCCAAGCAGCUAAAGCUCACCAUUUUGUAAAUAUAAAUUUUGUUGUUUCAUUAAUCAUAUAGAAAUCAAUUUAUGUACCUAUUGUAAUUUUUAUACAAAAUUAUGCAAUUAAAAUAUAAGUGUAAUAUUA